AUGUCUGCUUCAGCUUUGGCGCGCCUGGGAACUCCGCCUCGAACUCCGAAGUCACAUCGCCGGCACCUUGAAGGAUCGUGCGCAUCGGAAUUGAGCGAAGCUACAGUGAUGGGCUCCAGGUUGCGCACAAAUACAACUUGCAAUCAAGCAGUCGGCAUAGCGGCGAACAACUCUACACCAACCGCUGCAACGGCUCUUGAACCGCCGUCGACGUCGCAUUUCAACCAUCUUGAAUGGAACAACAUGGUCAUCGAUCCGCGACAACUGAAUUCACAUACCCAAUGGAAUCAAACGUCGACGACCAAGAUCGAGACUCAAUUGCCGUCCACAGGAAUUGAAUACCAAAACGUCCCGCAGUGGAAUGCCAUGGCAAACGAUGGAAGUUCCGACACCAGCCAUGAUGGCGUUAGCUUCGGCAGUAACAGCAGUAGCAACAGUAAUGCGAGCGGAAACAGCCUCUCCGAGAAGACUCGGUCGGAAAUGAUCUCCCAGCUCACCCACCUCAGUUCAAGGCUUGAUACGCUAUACUCCUCCAAGGGUGUCGAGCUUUCAUAUACAGCAUUCCACUCUCCACAUCUCACGCUCUUCGACGAUGCGUGUUAUAGGAUCGUAGCCGGCUGGUUCGUCUACCUCUUUGCCAGGAUGCAAUUACAGGUCCCGUCAGAAGACGCAAACUUCAUGUCAGGCAUGAGACCUACUGGCGAUAUCCUACAUUCAGUCUUUUCAGCAUCUCACUGCCUGCUGGAUGUUCUACGCGCCCUGCAACGAGAGUCAAUAGACGCUGAUGCUGCUACUAACGUGGAUCUAUGGACUGAAAUCAAGCAGGAGCCUGUACAUUCCGCCCAGGUGAACAACGAGCACAUCACGUCAUACUUCCAGAAUGACCAAUCGACAAAUAUGUAUCAAACCGCACAGAGCCGCUGUCCCAGCACAGUUCUUCGCCAGCUGGUAGUCAAUUGCCACACACAAACUCUCAACAUCUACGUCAUUGUGUUAAUCGCACUACAACACGACGCAGCCAUAAACAACUCCCAAAUGUCUACAGAUCGACAAGUCGAGGACGAUACACGUCUCGCGCUAGUAGUGCAACUGUGCGCGGAUCUUCUGGAAAGAGAACGCCAAGCCGUGGAUCUGUUUCUGACUCGGCUGCCUCCGUCUUCAGAGGCGCAGACAUUUGAAUCUCAGUGUCAGACGAUGUUGCCGAUGGGGAACGGAACUAUGAUGGGUCAUCUUGAGAUUGAUGUACAGCAGCGUCUGGCGCGUAUUCAACAGAUGCUGAGGCUCUGA